UGCGGCGAAGCUUGUGCGGAAAGUGAUUGUUUAUUUGUGUAGAAGGCGAUGUAUUUUUUGUUAGUUUGGUAGUUUGGCUUUCGUUUUAGGCGAAAUAUUGAUGGAUCCAGUCGGAAAGGAUGUUAAGGAGGCCGUUUGUGAGGCUGAAAAGUUUUUUUCUGUUACACUGGCCAAAGAAAAACUUUCUCCAGCAGCAGAGAUAGAGCGUACCUUGCUAGCAGACAAGUUCAGAAAGUUGAAAACCCAACUAGGAUUGCAGAAUGAGUUGUCUGGUGGUGGUAAAGGACCUCCACGUCCACCAAAGGGUAAAGUUCCUGUGCCGGCACCUGUACCAGCAGCCAGUGAUGACCUGGGUGGAGAGGAACUCUAUGAUGACGUGGCUGCUGUUAUAGCUCAAGAUGAUCAAUACUAUGAAAUGAGCCAGGGUGUCGAGGGAAAUGAUGUACCAACAAGUGCGGAUACGGGUGGUGAGAACUAUGAGGUGAUGUCAGCUGAGCAGGAAAAUGAGGCUCAAGGUGGAGAGGCUGCCGGUGAAGACUACAUGGCUAUGGAAGAUGAUCCAGGCCAAGAAGAUUAUGUAGAACCUCAAGCAGAGAACACUGCAGAUGAGAAUUAUGAAGUUACAGAGCAAAGUGUGAAGCCUCCAGCUCCAGCUGAGCAAGAAGAAAACUAUGAGAUCCCAGGUGCUGAUGAAGAUUAUGAAGUUACAGACACGGAUCAUUCUGCUCCAAAGGACGCAGAUGGUGAGAUGUAUGAAGGCAUUGAAGCACCAGAUAGUUUAGUAGAUGGAACUGUCAACUGGGAUCAACUAAAACAGAGCACAAGUCCUGAGAAAGUUCAAGGUGUCAUUAUAACAGGUUUUUUGAACAAACGUCGCAAGGAAGGAAAGGUGUAUUUGGGAAGUAAGUUUCAGAAGAGGUUCUGUGUAGUGCGUAACCACGCGAUGUACUACUUUAAGGACAAGAAGGCCAACAAACAACAAGGGCAUAUCUUGCUGCCAGGUUACAAAGUACAACUAGCCAAUAAGAGAGGCCGAGAGUUUCAUCUCACGCAUUCGGGUGGCCAGAGGACUUACCAGUUUGAGACAAACAGUAAGGAAGAAACAGAAAAGUGGAUAAAAGCCAUUCAGAGGGCUUGUGAUGCUCCGCUGUCUGAACAUCAAAGGGCUAAAUUAGAAGAAAUGCGCAACAGGCACACCGCAGGAGAUGAUGACAGCCUUCACUAUGUUGACGCGUGCCUAAAAAACGAAGCUGUGGAAGAAGAAGACGAAGUGUAUGAUGACACUCAAGAAGAUUUAUACGAAGCAGUGGAGACUGUUCAACCACCUGUUUCAAACCACCCCUCUCCAGGCCCUUCACGGGAAGUGGUUGACUACGAAGUUUCUCCCACGGCUGUCCCCUCAAAACAGGCCCCGCUUCCACUUUUCCCUGGUGAAAACAAAACAGUCGAACCAAUUCAAGAAGAGGAAUACGAACUACCCGAGGCAUCUGCACCUCCACCUCGACCCAGCAAGACAGAAACCAUGCCACCCAUCCCCAGCGAAGGCAAUCCACCAGAGAUACCACCCCCGCGACCUUCUAAAGGACAGCCAUCAGCCCCUCCCGUCCCUCCUGCCCGUCCUGUACCGCAGCAAGAUGACAUGUAUGAAGUUGCUGAACCAAACGCCCCUGACAACACCUCAGACUUACCGCCUCCCCCACCCCCUGUGUCAGUGGAAGAAAAUUACGAAGUUGCCGAUACUCAAGCUCCUGCCCCACCUCCGAUGCGUCCACCCAAAAGACCUCAACCCCAGAUUCCACAGCCGCCAGUCAUUCCUCCAGUGGAGUCACCUGCAGAGAAAGCUCCUGAGCGACCAUCAAAGCCAGCUGCUAAGCCACAGCCUCCUGCACCUAAACCGAAAGACGAACCACCUCCGAGUCCCAAAGAAGUUCAGACGAUUGAAAUCAACUAUGCUAACAUCUAUCAAGCCCUGUGGACCUGUGAAGCAGAUGACAAAGAUGAGCUGGCAUUCCGGCGAGGUGACCUGAUUUAUAUUUACGAAAAGCCGCAUAACGAUUGGUGGAUCGGGUCUUUGUUCAAACCUCAAGGGUAUAGUGUAGGUCUGGUGCCGAAAAAAUAUGUCAUGGAGGCGUACGAGAUGACAGCGUAAAGUUUGGCUUGUAACGCAAUGUUUUUCGUCUUCUCCUUCAACCAGGCGUCUCUUGUCAGUGCAAAUGAUUCUUAAAUCGCUUGUAGUUUAAUAGAAUACAAUUCAUAGCCCGAUUGAAGAAAUGACCUCAAUACAUUGUAAACAAGAAAACACACAUCAGUGGGAACUGGUGAGUGUAACGUCUUCAAAAAAGAGAAAAGAACGUUUAGGCGGCGUUUGUUGUAUAA